UUCGCAACAAUGAAGCUAAGCACGAAUACAAAGUCACGAGGUCAGUACUAUUUAUGAGUUAGUUAGAAAUAUGCAAGUAGGAAUGUAAAGUUUGCUGAGAAAUAUAGUUGAUAAUUGCAAAUGUGUUUAUUGAUGAAGGACUGACUCUUAAUGCACUUCUUCAUUGUGCUUUCUUGAACAAAAAAAAACAGGUUGUAACUGAAGUUUUUUGUUUCGCUUCAAUUAUUAGAAGAAAUACUGAUCUUAUGAGUAGUCACUAAGUAGUGAGUUGCUUGCUUAGUUGUUCUGUGAAAUCUAUACCCAAAUGCGCAAAUGAUUAAUGUUCAGAAAUUGUCUAUGUUUCUAUUCAAUAUUUUCUAUUAUGUUCACCACUUAGUCUUAGUGUGUAGAAAACUUCAACAAAGAUUAUGUACAUUAUUAGAAAUGAAUCGACGUCAAAAUAAGAAGUUUAACAAUCUUAAUGAGGGUGUGGGUGUGAGUCUUCUAUUCGUAUUCACAUCGUCCCCCACACCCUCUUACAUCAAGAAUGGAGUAUUUAAUGGGAAAAGAAUGCAGAUAUAUAUACAUGCAUGCAAAACAAACAGGAUAUGUCGUAGUACAUAAUUUUAAACCAGAGAUAUAUUUGUUUCAUUCCUAUCAAUUGAGUGUCAGAAAAAAAAAUUUGUUAAGCAAUAAAUCUGGCUCAUACUGAUAAAAAUUACAUGUUUUUAAAACAUACGUUGUGGGUGUAAGUUAAUACAAUAAUUACACUUGCAGCUGCACCCUCGAAAAAAACAGAUGUUAGAUCCUGCAAGAUCCAAUGAGGUCUUACUCCUAUAAGGUUUUUUCUAUGAUCUUCUUACAAUAUCGAACAAUAUCUUUUAUGCUCACUUUUUUUUCAAGAUGUUCUCAGAUUUUGAUUGUGCGGUGUCAGCAAAUAAUCUUACAAGACUCAAUGAUUUAAGACACUGAUUUGGACAGACUGGAUCCUUCUUGUCAGAUCUUAACAGAUCAUAUAAGAUCCAAAAAAAGAAACAUACGCGGUACAUAAUGUAGAUAUUGCCUGUUAGCAUCUGAUCGUGUAUGGUCUGUCCUGUUUCUUUCCCUUAUUCGAGAAUAGUUGAUUCCAUCAGCUUUCCGAUGAAGAACAGUACCUGGGGAAAAGACUCGAAUAGUUUACGUCAGUUUUUUUCUUCUUUUUCUAUACUAAUAGUGUAGAAAACGGUUAUUUUUAUUUUUCACCUUUCUAUAUUAAUAGAGUACAAAACGGUUACUUGUAUUCCUCAUUUUUCUGUAGUGAUAAAAUAGUAAAUCCUAUUUACUUUUUAUUUUCUAUAUUGAUGAUAUAGAAACAGCUAGUUUUAUGUCCUAUUUGUCUGUAGUAAUAAUAAUUUAGAAAAUGCUGAUUUUAAUUUCUUAUUUUUUGCAUUGGUCAUAUGGAGAAUGUUAUUUUUUAUUUUUCUACAUUGGUAACAAAGAUAACAAUUUGUUUUAUUCUCUAUUUUUUGUAUAUUGUUGACAUAGAAAAUCUUAGUUUUUAUUUUGUAUUUUUCUAUAUCGAUAAUGUAGAAAAAUAAGAAUUAAAACUAACUGAUAUUUUAUAUUAUCAAUUAAAAUCAAUAAGAAUUCAAAAAUAAGAUUUUCUAUAUUAUUGUUCCAGAGAUAUCACAAAUUAAAAUUGAGAUUUUCUAUAUUAUCAAUAUAAAAAAUCAAAAAUAAUAAAUAAAAUUUUCUAAACUGCCAAUUUAGAAAAACAAGAAAUGAGAAUUAAGAUUCUUGUAUUAUUGAUAUAGAAAAUAAAAGCAAUAAAACUAACUGUUAUGUAUAUUACCAACAUAGAAAAAUUAAAAUUAAAACUAAUUGUUAUUUAUAUUAUUAAUAUAGAAAAAUGAAAAAUAAUGAAUAGGAUUUUAUAUAAUAUCAAAUAUAGAGCAAAUGUUGACUGUACUUGUUCUAAAAUAAGACUGAAGUUUAUGUGCAAAAAAAACGAAGCAAAGUAGCCGAUCAGACUGAUUAUUUCCAUGUGUAUAAGAGAUAUUUGAGAAGUUUGAUUUAAUUGAAAUAAAUCUAUAGUAUUAAUAAGCAUUUCACAUAGCUCUAUGCCAUCAUCUAUAAGUAGAAAAUAAAAUUAUCUACUCGAAUUUUAUGUCUCACAAUCUCUUUGAUUUAAAAAGCAGAAAGUAUUGUUUUGUUUUUGACUCUCAUCUUCCAGUUGUUUGACACAUAAUUAAAGGUCUCAUACCGUUUUACACGUAUUUUUUUGUCAAUGGAAGACAAUAAAUAAUACUAAAAUGUAUUUUCUUCCAACUGCACUGAGACAUUAAACAUAUUAAAAAUACAUGACAUUACAUGUAAUAAAAAUGAAAAUUGAUUAAAUAGUAUUAAAUUUAAUCAAGAUCUCGAUUAUAGCUAGAUUCUUCAUAGAUAAAUUAAAAAGGAUGAAAUUAUUUCAAUUAUUAUUAGGGAGUUUAUAAAACUGAAUGACAUUUUUUAUUACCUUCAUCGGUUCUGUAACUGUCCAUUCAAGAUAUAAUCAUGGAAGUAUUGUUUCUAGUCUACAGCUCAAAUCAGUAUCAAUAUCAACCUUUAGAAAAUUCUAGACAAACAAAAAAAAAACUUUCUUCUAAGAUUUAACCAGUGCAGAAUGCGAUACAAUAAAAAUUUGAAGAGAAGAAAUCUUCACACUUAUUGCUAUUGAGAAAAGCUAAAAUCAUGAUGAAAUCUUUCACGAUCGUUUUUUUUUAUGAGAAUCCUCAAAAAUUUACACCUAUUGAAUAACCUACAAAACACAAACUUGUAAAGAUUUUAGAUCAAGGUUUCAAUAGGAGAUUUGUAUUGUCUUGUAAAGAGGUGAAAAUACUUGAUUGUAGAAAGUUCAAAAUCGAUCCGUGAUCGAAACUGCUUUUGUUUAAAAAACCGUGUCUCAUAUCCUAUUAAGUUGAAAAUUUGUCAUACAUUAGAAAUGAAUUCAAAAUAAAAGAAUUGAUUGAUUCGUAUAUAGAUUAUUGUUUGUGCUACAAUGCAGAAUAAUAAACAUGACAGAUUCUUCAAAUAUUCUUGAAGUUGAGAAAAAUUUGUUUUUGAGUUCUUCUUAUCUACUAAAAUUUGAACUUACGUAUUUUUUUAUCUAAACUUAUCUUAUUUAGCACUUCGAUUAGUCUUUCUACAAACUACUUGUUUGUUUGAGAUUCAGGAAUAAAUUACUCAAUAAUAAGUAUAAUGCAAAAUUCCUGGCAUAAAAUACUUUCGAAUGAUAUAUGAUUUAUAUUUGUCACACAUUCGUAAAUGGAAUAAGAAAGAAAAAUACUUACACAAAAGAUUUGUAAUUUUUUUAUAUGAAUCAGUCAAAAACGUCUUAUGCAUGGUAGUUAAGUAUAACUAACUAUCGUUAUUAUCUAGCAAGAUGUUUUUAACGAAUUCAUAUAAAAGUGGCAAAUUUAUUUUGUCUCAUUUCACUCAGAAAUGUGUGACGAACAUAAAUCAUACAUCGUUUCCUAUCGACUGAUAACAAAAUUGUUUUUCCUUACGUUCAAAUUCUAUUAUAACUCAUUUUAUUGUAAAAUUCAAACAAUAAAAAAUGAAAUGAUUUUUAAAUAUAUUUCAAACUCGAACUAACGAAAUCAGUAAAUAUGUUGGAAAAAUUCGACAAAAAAGAAAAUUUCAUUCACGACAAAAUCCAAGUUCAUCGCAAUUUUUCACAUUACCAGUUAAAUUUUAGUUAGUUUCAAAAUAUUUGAAAACGUCAACAAUAUUUGUUUUCAACAUGAGAAAAACCAGAUUCUAAUCAAGUUCAUAAGUAAAAAGCUUUCGUAAUUGAGAGCAGUUCAAUACUGUUUAAAACAAAUGAGAAGGACUCAUUUCAAUGACAUUGAUGUUUAUUUUUACUUCAUACUUUUGUUUCCAUUUUAGUACCACCACUACGUGCAAGUUCCAUUGAUAUUCAUCCGAAUGCAAAAUGGGCAAACAAUGGUAUCACUGUUGCUGGAGGAAAUGGAGAAGGCAGUGAAACCAAUCAACUCUAUCAUCCAUUUGGUUUGUACGUCGACGAUGAUCAAACGAUUUAUGUCGCUGAUUAUGGUAAUCACCGUAUUGUGGAAUGGAAAUCUGGUGCAACGAAUGGAAAAGUAGUUGCUGGUGGAAAUGGAGAAGGAAAUGGAGCUCAUCAAUUAAAUGGCCCAUUUGAUGUGAUUAUCGACAAAGAGGACGAUAGUCUCAUCAUCAGCGAUGGGUGGAAUAGCAGAGUAGUUCGAUGGCCUCGUCGAAAUGGUACUCGUGGAGAAACAAUUAUUUCAAAUAUCUCUUGCAUCGGUUUGACAAUGGACGACAAUGGUUUUCUCUAUGUCGUUGACUAUAAAGAACAUGAAGUGAGACGAUAUAAAAUUGGUGAUACUAAAGCAACAGUGGUUGCAGGUGGCAAUGGACAAGGAAAUCGUCUCGAUCAACUCUCUAAUCCCCGCUACGUAUUUGUCGAUCGAGAUCAUUCAGUUUAUGUGUCUGAUAAUGAAAAUCAUCGUGUCAUGAAAUGGGAAGACGGUGCAAAACAAGGCAUUGUCGUAGCCGGUGGUCAAGGAAAAGGAAAUAGUCUUACACAAUUGAAUGAACCUCAAGGAGUCGUUGUCGAUCAAUUGGGUACUGUCUAUGUGACUGAUUGUUGGAAUCAUCGAAUCAUGCGUUGGCCAAAAGGAGCCACACAAGGAAGUGUCAUUGUUGAUGGAAACGGUUAUGGAGCACAGUCGAAUCAACUCUAUUGUCCCGUUGGUUUAUCAUUCGAUCGACAUGGCAAUCUCUAUGUCGCCGAUUACUAUAAUAAUCGAGUACAAAAAUUUGAUAUCGUAUGA